AUGGGCAUCACCAUCGACAUCAAACGAGGUUCAGGAAACAUCGAAAUCAAAUCUUGGGUUCCUGCAAUGUCAUUUCCACAGCACGCCAGUACAGCACCGCAAGUUGCGCAGAGGAUCUUGAUAGAACGAGGGGGAAAUGGCCAGGAACCCACUAUCCAGGGCGGAGAUUUGAUUAUUCCAUUUCAGCAUUUGUUAUUGAAUGAACCACGAGAAGGAGAUUGGGAUUUUGUUAUUACCCAAGAUAUGUUGCUCCACGAAUUUGCAGAGCUCAUCUGGGCUGCAAUUGAGGAGGGAAACGCCUAG